GAGCCAACUCAGACCAAACCACUAAAGCUACUUGUUCCACAUCCAUACAACACCCAAACACGAUGCCGAAAGCUGAAAAGGGUACACCCAAGGCCAUAGCCAAUGCUAUGAAAUCUAAAGGCUUGCAACGAUUGCGUUGGUACUGUCAAGUAUGUGAAAAACAGUGUCGAGAUGAGAACGGAUUCAAAUGCCAUACGAUGAGUGAAGGUCAUGUUCGUCAAAUGUUGGUCGUGGGCGAAAACGCUGGAAAAUACAUUAACGAUUAUAGCGAUAACUUUAAAAAAGAUUUCUUGGCUCUAUUGAGUAGAAGAUGGGGAACCAAGCGAGUACUAGCGAAUAUGGUUUAUCAAGAGUACAUUGCAGACAAGAAUCAUCUCCACAUGAAUGCGACUCAAUGGGUUACCUUGACGGAGUUUGUCAAACAGAUGGGUAGGGAAGGAGUACUACAUGUUGAUGAGACCGAGAAAGGAUUGCACAUGGCAUGGGUUGACAACUCGCCCCAAGCACUGGCUCGACAAGCCGCCCAUCAAGCCAAAGAACGCUCCGAGCUUGAUGAUGAACAACGGAUGCGAAGGCUGAUUGAGGAGCAGAUCCAAAAGGCCAAUCUAGAGCAAGCCGCGCGCAUGGGCACAUCCUCUCAGACAGACGAAUCCAAAGCGGCAGCUGCUAUACCUGAUCAAGAGCGGGUCCUGAAACGCGAAGAGACCGACGGACCUCUCAAGCUCAACUUCGGCAUCUCGACCAGUGCGACCCCUGUCGCCAGUUCUACAUCAGCAACCUCAUCCAAUCCCUCAGUUACAACCAGCAAGAAGAUGUCGACAAAUCCACUCAAAGGUCCAUCAACCAAUCCGCUCAAGAAGUCCAAUCCGCUCAAACGACCCUCUUCCACCAAUCCACUCAAGUCUCAACCCAGCAAAGCGACCGAGAAAGGCUCGUCGACAAUACCCAAGUCGAAUCCGAGCAAGAUGAGCGCCCUGGAAUCGAUCAUUGCUGAGGAUGAAGCCCGGAAGCGGAGGAAAGAUGAACGCACUUGGAGCGGCGCCAAUGGGCAUGGUGCCUCGGGACUGCAGAUCAAACGAUCCACUUGAUUUUAUUCAUUUAUUUUCAGUCUUCCCUCGCCCCGAAAUCCGCGCUUGUUACUUUCUGCUCUUCUUGUUCCCAGUUCUUAUCGAUCAUCCCAUUCCUGCUUACCCCGCUGUACAUCAUUGAAUCCUGUUGUAUGUUCAUACUGAGUUCUAGCUCCAAAAAGCCCGUUAUAGUAGCCUUUCAAGCACGAUUUCAGUACAUGCCAUGAAAUACUCUGCGUCAUUAGGUUGGCUCGAGUGGAUGAGCAUAGCAUAGAUGUGUU